AUGCGCUAUGGUUCCAUCGACGAAGUGCUCCAGAGCCCAGUGUUGACCUGGGAAGAACUCUGUAAGCGAGCGGAGAAAGAGAUAAUGAUAAAGGGGAGACGAGAAGACUACCGAAAGCUACAAGCUAAGCAAAAAAUGAUGAGGGAGAAGCUGAGAUGGGAUACUACCAUGACUGCUCCUCCUUUCCGUGGAAAGACGGCUAUGAUCGAGAAGACGAACGAGGAGUCAGAAUCAGAGGCAGGGACUGGAACCAUGGAAGGACAGAACGAGGAGUCGAUCAUCGUUGAAGAAGACAAGCAGAUGGAUUCUGCCACCAAGAUCACCAGACCCAAUUAG